AUUCUACAAAAUGUUAUUCUGAUAUCGGGUCGCCUUUGGGGGCGUGUACGCUGCACUCGAGCUCCAGCCGCGCUCCGCUUCACCGACUGCAUGCACCAAUCAACCUUCACCUAAGCUAGAAAGGGCGUGGUCAUCAGGGCACAUGUGUAUGAAGUUUGUUGACAACAGCUUUUUUGCAUCAUCUCUGGCUACAUGUAGUUUCAUCAUGAAUUUGAUACAUUUUCAAAAUAAUUGUAUUUCUAUCCUGACUAUAUUGUGUUGGUGGUCUUUACAGACGCUUGCUUAUUCGAAAUCUGAUCGCGAUUGGUUGAAAAACCUUCACUCCACGUCGCAGGAUUCAAGAAAAUCCGCAAUAACCAUUCAUCAACCUCGAGCGGCGAUCAACCCUCGUCACGCGCCGAAACAUCACGGUGGUAAAGUCAUAAAUAGCGACAAAAUUUUCCGGGCGAUUUGGAAUCUACGCAACCAUUGCGGAGACCGUUUCGGUAUAGAAUUGCCAUUGUCGGAUUACGGGAUUGAAUUUAACAGAAAUGACAAAUGUACUGGUGGAAAUGUGAUCAAUUUGUUCCAUAGAAAUCAGAUGGGACUGUUUCCACGUUACGAAUAUGUACCUGGGCCUGGCAAUGAAACGCAACCAGUUCCAGUUAAUGGAGGAAUACCACAGCUAGCAAACAUAACCCAACAUCUCGAGAAGGCUGCAGAGGACAUUACGAGUACCAUUCCAGAUCCAAAGUUUGAUGGUGUCGCCGUCAUUGACUGGGAAGCUUGGCGUCCCCAAUGGAAAGAGAACUUUGACCUGCUACGCAUCUAUCAGGAAAAGUCGAUCGCUCAUGUGAAAGAGCUGCAUCCUGAAUGGGACACUGCCAUGGUUGAGUCUGUUGCUAGGCUAGAGUGGGAACAAGGUGCCAAGCUUUUCAUGGAAAGCACUCUGGAGUUGGCAAAGACACUGCGACCAAACACCAACUGGGGUUUCUAUAUGUACCCGCUCUGUCUAAUCCACGGAGAUACAGCCAAUAUGAGUUGCACAGCUGCAACAGUGACGAAUAACAACAACGUCAUGUGGCUUUUCAACGAGAGAACAGCACUUUAUCCAUCAAUUUAUCUCAGACCUUUCCAUUUCUAUCAGAAGUUGUGGGUUAGAAGUAAGUUGCAGGAGGCUUUGAGGGUCAGGCAGAGGUCCGAUGAUCCUCAAGGGGUUAUCAUGAGCUACACAAGAUUCAACUACUCUGAUACAGGUCUCUUCUAUAGUCUGGAAGAUUUGAACAACACCAUCCUGCAGUCGGCCGAGUUUGGCACUAAUGGCGUCAUACUCUGGGGUGAAACUCUGGAUGUCUCGACUGUAGAGGAGUGUUCACAGCUGCGGAGCUACAUCAUCAAUGCCUUGGGUCCUACGGUGGUGAUGUCUCGAAAGGGGGCGGAGUCUUGCAGCAUGAGGAUAUGCAGUGGAAACGGAAGAUGUGUCGGGGACAUACUAGCGUGUAGGAGUGCUGAUAGACCAAGGGACCCGAUGAAAGUGGGUGUAGAUCAAGGUCAUGGAGAGAAUACCUGCUCUUGUAGGUGUUUCAGGGGUUGGGAAGGUGAUACCUGCAGUGUACGUAUGUAAAAACUAUUUGACGUGAUAGGCAGGGUAUUUAUUCCCUUCAGCAAGUAAUUCAUGGACACUGUGUUGCACUCAAACCUUAUAGGUCUUUCAUAAAGCUGUUCCUAAGUUACAAGCGUUUUCACCAACGACCGGUGAUCCAUUCUGAGGUGCUAAAUUAUAAUCAAUGAAAAUGUGGUGGAUAUCGUUUACCACAAGAAAGGAUCACCAGUUGUUCGUAAAGUCACCUGUAAAGUCGCUGAGCAUGAUCGGUUAAGGGUUAGCAUUGAUGUGAAAUUUUUUUUUAUAGAUAUUUCUAUCAAAAUUGCUUUUAAGAUAAUCUUUGAUAUCUCAGGUUUCAAAGAACUCACUUUCAUGAAGAUUGAUAAAUCCGAAAGUACUGGAAUAGUCCAUUUUAUUCGUGGGGGUGCUAUUACCUCUCAUCACGGACGGACAUUUUUACUCAAAUUAAAUUCUCUCUAGUUUUAUUGUUUUUAAAGUUAUUCUAAUUUGGUUUGGAUGUUCUUGCACUCUGAAUAUUAAUCUAUUAUCAAACAUAAAUUAGUAGAAAAAAAAUAUUGGGAAGUAAUUUUUUUGUGUAGGUGUGAACAUUUCCAUUUUGAAAUUUCCGUCCGUGAUGAAACAAAAUAUAAAAAGUUUUUAUAUUUUUUAUCAGAAUAGAAGUAAAAAAUAAAAUGGUGUAGAGGUAUCUCACUAAACACUGUACAUCAUUUUAUUUGAACAUAGCUGAAAUCCAUACAUUUUAUCCAUAUCAUAAACUCAAUCAAAAAUGAUCACGGACGGACAUUAAUUUCAUCACGGACGGACAAUGUAAAUUCACUCAAAUUUAAUUCACUCUAGUUUUAUCGUUUUCAAAGUUACUCCAAAUUGGUUUGGAUUUUCUUGUACUCUGAACAUUAAUCUAUCAUCAAACAUAAAUUAGUAGAAAAAAUAUGGGAAGUAAAUUUUUCUGGUAGAUGUUAACAUUCCAUUUUGAAAUUUCCUUCCGUGAUGAGCUUAAUGUCCGUCCGUGAUAAUUUUCAUUGAGUUUAUGAUAUGGAUAAUAUGUAUGGAUUCAGCUUUUUAUUCCUUAUCAGAAUAGAAACAAAAAUAAAAGUGUGUAGAAGCAUCUCACUAGACACUGUACAUCAUUCCAUUUGAAUAUAGCUAAAAUCCAUACAUUUUAUCCAUAUCAUAAAUCAAUCAAAACAAUCGCAGACGGACAUUAAUUGAGCAAAUACUUUAAUAGCAGAUUAUGAAUUUAAUUUUAGUUCCAAUUUGCAGUGAAAAAUGGCACUGAGAAUUAUUCAGAACUCAAAUGGAUGGAAACCUACAACUCUUAACAAUUUUUUGGUGAAAUCUUUCUUUGGCUGUUAUUGGGGCUUAAUUGUUGUCAGGAAUUUUUUAAAAACAUAAUUGGAAUGCAGAUAGAGUUGGAAGCUACAUGUAUGCCUAAAAGCAGGAAAUGAAAUAGAGCAAGAAUAAGUCAAAAGCUGUAUAUUUCAUCAAUUGAAGCUUGCAGAAAGUGAUGGAAAAGAAGAAAGGAGAAUGCAUAUUCUGAUAACCAGAAAAAAAAUCAUAAUUUUUCCAUGUACAAACCUAUGGAUUCACAAUGCCUAUAACAGAACACAUCACGUCCUUGAGGCUUGUGAAAAGUACAAGAAUUCCUUUUUUUUUAAGUCCAUUUUGGAACUAAUUUUGAGCAAAUUGCUGAUCUGGAAAUCUGUGAAAAUGCAUACAAUUCAUAUAAAGCUUGCACUGCAGUGUUUAGAAGUUUAAUUGGUAUAUGAUUUCAAUUUUGGAUUCAGUCAGGGCCUAAAUACAUGGGGGCUGUUGAUGUGAAGGGGUGUCUCCACUUUAAUAUGGACAAAAGAUGAAUUUGAAGAGAGCCUAGACAAGUGUUGUGGUCAUACUUGAUCCACCAAACAAGCAUAAUGAUCAGCAAUCUGUGAAUCUUUUGGAUUUAGUUAAUGGACAUAAAAAAAUAUGUGCUCUUCGAAAAUUAAUGCCUAAAAAUGUAUGAACAUGUAUCAUCAUGAUAUAAAAAGUAUCAACAUGAUCAUUGAUCCACUGGAUGUUGAUUUGGUACCAACUACAGUAUUCUCUAUUGAAAAGAAGACAAUGUGCAUUAGGAUAUUUGAUUUUGAAAAGAACUGUGUUUAAAAGCAAUCAUAUGGCUAGAUUAUUUUGUGUGUCUAGCAUAGAAAUCAUGUUGCUACAACUUAAAUCAAGUUGUAGCAGCUUGAUUGUGCAACUAAUAUUGUUUAAUCAUAUAAAAAAAUGUACAAAUCAUCAAUGCAAUAGCAUUUGUUCCCCCAAACAAGUAAUAAGAACUUCUUACAAGGUACUUCCAAUGUAUUUUAAUUGUGUCCGUCCGUGAUGUCCGUCCGAGAUGUCCGUCCGUGAUGGAAAAUAUUUGCAAUUCUCUCAGAAGUUUGAUAUUGGUUAAGAAUUCAAUAUGCUAAACAUAGAAGCUAACAUACCUGAGUGUAUUAGUUGCAUUAACAAUUAUUGGUCAAAGUUAAGCUAUUUAGAUAGAAACGAUAAAAAUGUUCAAAAAUUCUGAAAACCACAUUUCUAUCAUGUCCGUCCGUGAUAUGGCACAUUUAGUGGCUACCUAUGUUUGUAGGUAACCAUGACAACAAUUUUUUUUCAUCAUUCAGCAUACUUUGUCGUACCCUUCACUAUAAAACACAAAGGAAUCAUGUUCAUCUUAUUCCUAAUUUGUUACAAGCCUUCAAAGUUUUCAAAAUCUAUCAAAUGUCCGUCCGUGAUGAACCGAUCACGCUCCGCUCUGACUUAUGAACAGCUUUAUGAAAUACCCACGUGGUGAUGAGAAUGGGUUCAAUUCCUUAAAGCUCAUUCAGCUAGUUACAACCGAGAAAGAAGUGCUUAAGCAGGGGGCAAUCACUUUUGGUUGUCCCUUCCAUGGCCCCACUCAUUCCCGGCAUUUCUUCGGUCCCCUCUUGCCCAACUGUUUCCAAGAUCCCAACUCCUGCUUCCCCAUAAAUAUCUCCAGACUCCUGAGUGGGGGGGGGGGGGGGGAAGUAAUAUUGCAGGAUCACAAUGAAGAUGAUGAUGAUGUACAGGAUGUGUCCAUAAGUGUAAUGAGGCCAAAAACCAUGGCCCACACCUUGAAAUGUAUUGAGAAGAGGAGAAACAUUCAGGCCCACACUUUUCCUAUUGAUUUAAGUGCAGUGAUAUAGUUUUACUAUGGAGUGUACUAAAUGCUGGUUAUUAUACAUGUUCAUUUAAUUCCAAUUGCAGAGGACAGCAAUUUAGGGAAAAGGGGCAAUAUCAAAUAAUGACUAUCAAGCUUUGGUCAAAUGUUCAAUUUUGAAUGAGCCAAUAAAUAAUUAAUUUCUCAAAUUUUAUUGGUGUAUAGAUGACCUUACAAAUAGUUGAAUUACUGAAGGAAAUGAAAACAGGUGCAUGUAUUAAUUAAAGGGUGUAAUGUAUAUACAUGUAAGAAUUAUUAUGCUUAUUGAUUGUGAAGAUUCAACCAAAGUAAUGCCAAUUAACAACAGUAUUUUCAUCAAGUGGGAAUUUAGGUUAUUUACUAACACUAUGCACAACACAAAGUAUAUUACUAUAUUUUUAAUGCACAAAGAAUAUAUUUAUAUUUACUAUGCACAAAGAAAAUAUCUAUACAUUUAUACUUUGUAUCAAAAGGUACUUAAAAAAAUGUGUAUCAUAUUCUAAUAUAUUAUCACAGCAUACAUUACUAGGACAGUAUUUGAACUGAAUGAAGAUUCUAAGCACUGUUUGAAGACAUUGAAAUUUGUGAGAUAUUCCUAUUUUUGAGCAAGCGCCAUGAGCGCCCAGCUGAGGCGGAAACCGGAGCUAUACAAGAACCCAUCAACAUCACAUAUUUUUUUUUUUUUAAGUGAAAGGUGAACUGCAGGUUAUACAGUACUUAAAGAAAUGAAUCAAUGAAUAGAUAUUAAUUGGUUCUGUAUGUAAUAACACUAAUUGCUAUAUUUUAAUAUUUGUUUCUGGUAACAGCCGUGCUCAAUUUUAGAGAAGCUUGGUAAACAUAGAAACUUCAACCAUGGUAUCAUUAUAUUGCAAUGUUUCAAGAUUAUAGAGAGUGUAAAACAUUCUACUUGCUUGUGAUCAGCUUUUAAUGGCAUUUUAUGUGGAAACAAGUUUAUACAUGUAAUUCAUGAACGUGUUUGGGGUAACAAUAAGUCCCCACUUUCUGUGAUAUUGAAAACAGAAAAAAAGAAUGAUUUCGGAAGAACACAGAAGUUAGUACGAUUUCAAUGUCAAAAUAUAUUUAAAGAUACAGCGAACACAUUCAAUAAAUUCCAAUAAAUUGAAAGAUUUCCAUGUAACAGUUGUAUGUACAACUAUGCAAAUGAGACAUUUGAUUAAGUCACAGUUUGCAGUUUGUUUGAUUUUUCUUUUUUUUAUAUAUCACAUUUCGAGGGUGUACUUUCUGUUUAUUUUUUUACCUAAAUACGAAAAAAGCAACUGAAGUAUAAUAACUUGUGCAAUAUCUGUUAAAUGCUAUUUUGUACUUUGAAGUG